UGGUGGCGACGCUAAUGUCAGCGCCGCGAAACUGGGACUGUGACCGGGGGUUGCCGCAGAAGUCAACGGACAGGGUAAAGAAGGGCACAGACAGAGCGCUGACUCGCAACUAAUUUUUUAGUUGCGAGUCAGCGCUCUGUCUGUGUCCUUCUUUACCCUGUCCGUACCGCAGAAGUCAACGGACAGGGUAAAGAAGGACACAGACAGAGCGCUGACUCGCAACUAAAAAUUUAGUUGCGAGUCAGCGCUCUGUCCGUGUCCUUCUUUACCCUGACCGUUGUCUUUUGCGCUGUUUUAACCUUUUAUUAUUUAUUUAUUUUUUAUUUUAACCUUUUUUUAACCUUUUAACUGAGUGCGACGUCUCCGGAGGCCGUGAGGCGCCGAAAACCCGGCCAACAUGACCAAGCUGCUGGACUCGGAGGAGGUGUGUGGCCAGCUGAGGAAGCAGCUGCAGCGGUCGCAGGCCCGCCUGUUGCCGAGCCCCACGACGGUGGCCGUGAGCGGGGUCUACGACGUGGGCGCAGAGGAGGCGAGCGUGGACGACGUGCUCGCCCAAGCCAAGAGGGACGUGGAGUGCCUCACGCGCAAGACCAAGCACCUAUCCAGGGCACAGAGAGGGGAAGAGGAAAGGGAGAAGAAGUCUGAUGCGGACGAGGACACGGCCGAGGCCAACGGCAACGACGAGAGCUCCGAGUCCGAAGUGGAGGCCGACGAGGACGAGAGGUACAGCCAGGACCUGGUGAACCUGACGAUGGAGAUCUCGUGCAAGCAGAAGUUGAUAGAGCAGCUGGAGCAGAGCCAACGGCGGCUGCACACCACGCGCAUCCACUACGAGGAGAAGCUGGUGCAGCUCCAGGCCCGCAUACGGGAGACAGAGCUCGAGAGGGACCGCAUCCUCUCCAGCGUGGGCAGCGCUGGGCCCUCGAAGGACUGGGAGGAGAAGGUGCGCAAGAUCCGGGGGGACUUUGAGCGCCGGCUGGGCCAGCUGCAGGGGGAGCUGAAGAAGAUGCAGGCGGCCAGGCGGGAGCACGCCCAGCUCAUGAAGAACCAGGCCGAGUACGAGCGCCAGGUGCGCAAGCUCAAGCAGGAGGUGGCCGACAUGAAGAAGACCAAGGUGUCGCUCAUGACGAAGAUGAAGGAGGGGAGCCGUUGUCACCAGGAGGCGGAGAAGCGGAGGCAGCGUGAGGUGGCCCAGAUGCGCAAGGAGAACCGGCAGCAGGAGAACCGCAUCCGCUCCCUGGAGGCCCAGAACCGCACCAAGGAGAUGGUGCUCAAGCGGCGCCACGAGGAGGUGGCCGCCCUCCGCCGCCAGGCCCACCCCAUGUCCAGUCGCGUGGCGGGACGCCUCGGAGGGAAGUCUCUGUUGGUCUCUCCCAGGGUGGCCAAGCAGAAAUGGCAGACGCUUGAAAAAAAUAUUGACAAGCUUGUCCUGAGCAAGCAGAACAUCUACACCCUGGAACGGGACAUGGAGCGUUGGCUCAUGGAGAGGGAGAAGCUGACGCGACACCUUGACAAGCUGAUUCGCAAAAGAGACAACGCUCGGCUUGUUGGGAAGGACGAGCGCUAUGUGCACGACCUGGAGGAGCAGGUGGAAGGGCUGCAGGCGAAUGUGCAGUAUGUGAACAUGGAGAUCACAGACUGCCAGGCCAACAUCCUGCAGCUGGAGGAGCCCAAGGAGGAGCUGCUGGACGUGGCCUCGCUUCUGGACGGGACCGAGUCCCCUCAGGCACGCUACCUCUUUGACAAGCUGCUGCACAUGGCCAUCAACCAGAGUGUUCAGGCAAACCAGCACCAGGCGGCGGUGCAGGAACUGGAGGCCAGGCUGCGGCAGGUGGAGGCCAACAAUGCAAUGAACCACGACCUGCUGGAGCACAGCCUGUAUGCCAUGCAGAUGGACGUGCUUGCCACCGAGGAAGCAGCGAGCACCCCCAGUUCGCGGUCCGUGCCUCCCACCCUGACCUUCACGGCCGCAUCAGAGGUGGGCAGCCUCGACACCAGCAACGUCACCUUCCGGAGAAGCAAGGCGCGCCGCAAGACGGCCACCCCUCAAGAGCUGCUGCAUCCGUCCACCAUGAAUUCUUCGCUGCCGUCGCUGCCUCAGACGGAGGAAGCGUCGACAGAUGCCCCUCAUGCCCUGCCGGCGAUGGAGGACCUGAUGGCCAUGUCGCAUCCCGACGGGGCCUGCUUUGACCUCGGACCCGACGGGAACCUGACCAGGGUUUCCAGUGCACCGGGAUCCCUCGAUUCGCUUAUGGUGCCGGGCUCAAAUUCAUCGUCCUGGCGGUAACCUUUGCGUCGAUGAACACUUUGGGCACCGUCGUCUUCGCUGGAAACCAAGGGCACAAGAGCUCGGCAGCUGGUCAUUUUUAUCUUUUAACGGGCAUGUCUAAUUUAACGAACAGCUGGUGUGUUCUCAGAGCGUUGUUUUUUUUUCUAGCAAGAUUUGGUAAGAUGCAAUCAACCCUAGCACUCCACGGGCUUUAUAUAACAGCGUGGAUUUUUUUAUUUAUAUAUUGGUUAAAGAAUCCUAAGGUGUUCUUAUCGGAAGUGGAUAUUUAAAUAAAAUGCUUAUUUGCAUGCUGCAGUUUAUGCUGCAGGGGUGAUGGUCGUGGUGGCUGUCGCAUGCAAAAACAAAGGUUUCACUAAGCAGUGUGACAAUCGUGCUUGCGCCAGGUUAGUAAGGCUCACGCAGGUUAAUUGAGACAUAUAUAUUUGAGAACCACCACCUAUUAACAGUUUAUACAUGUGACUAUCGACUUUCCAAGAUCGCGCAUCCUCUAAAUUUAUACAAUAAACAACUCUUACAAAAAGCUU